GACAAAACUCCUCGGCUCGUGUGUUUGCAGCAGCAGCAGCAGCAGCAGAGUGGGAGUAUCCAAACUUGGAGCAAGGUUUGACGCUCACCUGGACAUUUCACUAACAAUUCCUCACCGCCCAGUGUUGAAAUUACUGCAACUAAACAGAAGUGGGGGGGAAAACAACGAACUUGCUGCUUCCGGACCGACGAUGAUUUGACCGACGACAGGGUCGCUCUGUGGACAUAAGACAAGCCAUUGGAUUGGAUGCUGCAGUUCUGACUGGACUGACAUCCGGCAUCAAUUACUUCAUUCAAAGACUAUCGAUCUCUUUCAGCGGUAUUUUCAAAGAGCAUGGUGGGGAUUUGUGCAUGAGCAGAAGAAGUCGGAGCUGUCGGGAAAAUGAGUAAAAAAUAUGAAUCAACGAACGUGUCUGAGGUGGAGGGACACAUUUCUCAGAAGUAUGAAAUCAAGAGGAGACUUGGAAAGGGGGCUUCCACUGCAGGCUCAUCACAGGUGUUUUGCACAACCCGAGUUUCGAUUCGGCCUUGUCUGCCUGUGCAUUUAUUGUUUACCACAUCUUCAGGCCCCCUCUGCACUGUAGCCUUAAAAGAAUUCCUGAAAUUCUCCUGACUUAAGGUCCUCAGUGAAUACCGCUGUGGCCUAUGGCAUCGUAUGGAAGGCGGUUGACAGACAGACCGGGGAAAUCGUGGCUGUGAAAAAGAUUUUUGAUGCCUUCAGGAACAGGACCGAUGCCCAGCGGACAUUCAGAGAAAUCAUGCUCCUUCAGGAGUUUGGAGAUCAUCCCAAUAUCGUCAAACUUUUAAAUGUCAUCCGGGCACAAAAUGACAAAGACAUUUACCUCAUUUUUGAAUAUAUGGAUUCUGACCUGCAUGCAGUGAUUAAGAAAGGCACCCUACUGAAGGACAUCCAUAAACGUUACGUGAUGUACCAGCUCUUCAAAGCCAUCAAAUACCUGCAUUCAGGAAACGUUAUCCACCGAGACCAAAAGCCAUCCAACGUGCUGCUGGACACUGACUGUGUAGUCAAGCUGUGUGAUUUCGGCUUAGCCCGAUCUCUCAACCAGAUCCAAGAGGACAGCGGGAAUCCUGCACUGACAGAGUACGUGGCGACGCGGUGGUACAGAGCUCCUGAGAUCCUGCUGGGGUCCACAAGGUACACUAAAGGUGUAGACAUGUGGAGCCUUGGCUGCAUCCUGGGAGAGAUGCUGCUGGGUAAAGCCGUGUUCCCUGGGACCUCCACCAUCAACCAAAUAGAGAAGAUCAUGAGUGCCAUACCGCACCCGAGCCCAGAAGAUAUUCUCGCAAUCAAGUCUGAAUAUGGAUCCUCUGUCAUUCAGAGAAUGUUACUUAAACCACAGGUGCCUCUAGAGGAUCUUCUCCAGCCAUCUAUGCCUCCUGAUGCUCUGGACCUACUGAGGGGUUUGCUAGUUUUCAACCCAGACAAGCGGCUGACUGCUGAGCAAGCCCUCCAACACCCAUAUGUAGCCAGGUUCCAUAAUCCAGCAAAGGAGCCAUCGUUUUACUAUGAUGUAGUGCUGCCAGUGGAGGACGAUGUCCAAUUAUCUGUGGUUCAGUACCGCAACAAACUUUAUGAGAUGAUACUGGAGAGGAGAACUAACCAGGGGAUGCUAAGACUGAUCCACCCGAAGGAUAGAGACUGUGUCAGUAGCGGGGAGAAGCCCAGUGUGAAUGUUAAAGUGGAGAAAGGCCCAGUGGAAGUGAAUGGUGACGGUGAUGUUGAGGGGGAACCACAAGAUGAAAAGACUGAUGAGAAAAACCACGUCCCUUCACAUGUAUCUGUAACCAAACCUGGGCCGGUGAACGCGUCCACCCUGCCUGCUGUGGAGAAGACGAGUCCAUUAGCGAGCCCUGGUUUGGGAAAACCCACAUAUAAUCCCAUCACACACGCCCCAAACAAUUUUGUUCGGAGCACGGCUGGUCUUCCCCUUUACUACCACUCCACUGCAGCCAGUAGGAAACUUUUGGGACAGACCAGUAAUGGAAAUGUAACAACAUCACCAACAGAGGGCACUAAUGCUAAUACAUCCAUGGACCAGAUUCUCCAGCGUGGUCGCUCAGCCCCCGUGGCACAUAACCGUUCCUUCUCCUUGACCAUUAACCAAACGCACAACAACCCACUAGUGCGCAAGGAUGAGCCCCCUUUGUCCUCAGGGCUAUGUGUCACAUCUGCACGCCUGAACGAGCGAUUCAACCCCCAGGUUCGUGAGACUCGUCCCCCACCCCGCUUCAGCAAGAAAGUAUUCCAGAGUAACUGUAACGUGGCAGCUGCCGGUGACCCUCGGGCCAAGCUCGGCAGUUAUUCCCAGGCCUAUGGUACUAUCAAUAAGACUGAACUGGACAAUCUGCUUCGAAGUCGUCCGUGCAACAAGUAACUGCUGUCGCGUCAGUGGAUACGUCAAGUGUCUAAACACAAAGCAGAAUUUGUCUUGUGAUAGGGUGAUAGGCGCAUGGUCAACUGAAAUAAAUCUUGUUAAGAGAAACUGUUAGGGCUAUUAGGUCAACCGCAUUUUGUGUACUGUGUAAAAUGUGCCUAUGGAGACAUGGAUUUCCCUUCUCUGUCUGAGACAGUGAAUAAAUAUUUGUACAAUC